AUGCGCAGGGGAUAUAUUACCGUUUUGGACCCUCUUUCAGUGAACUCGUUACUCCCCAGAGCUGCUUUUGGGCAGUGGGAGGUUGUUGAGCUCUCCUGCCGUGGCAAGGGGCCGGUUUUCAGGGAAUCUCCUAGGUUGGGUUCUGCUGCUGCAUCCUCUCGGAAGGGAGAAGUUCUUUCUGUUCGGCUGUUCUCUGAUGAUCUUGAUAAAGUUUGCACCUCUGUAUUUCAAAUAAUUUCACAUUUGAAGAGACUAACAAUUCCUGUUUUUGCGAGCAACGUGAAUGUCAGGCCAAAGAGGCCCCAAAUACACUUGUUCUCCCUUCAUGUCCACAAGAUUCCAGACAAGUUAAGCAAUCAAGUUGAAGAAACGUUUCCACUACUUAAAGAGGUAUCUGCAAACUGUAUUUAUUCAACCAUCCCCAUGGGAUUUUCCCUUAGUAAAUCUGCUACUCAGGUAUCUGCUAUGCACAUGGAUUCGAAAAUGGAUGAUCAUUUGAUGCAAGGAACUGAGAAAAGCAAGUUGGAACCAGUGACUCGAUUAUUUCAAAACACCAAGAAAAUCAGAUUAGAAGACACAAACCAAGAAAACUUUACAAGAAGUAAAGAGAUUGGCUCAGGAUCUCUUUCAGAGAAAACCUCGGGUUCUGUGGUAUAUGUUAAAGAAAGUGAUGGAAUAGAAAUGACAGAUGUGGAAUGAAGUUAUUUGUACAUACUACCAAAGAAACCAGAAUUUGCUUUUGACUACGAGUGCGUGUUGAAUGAGAACUUAACCUUACUAGGAAAACCUAAUGAAGGAAGACAAUUGCUUAUUUUUCACUAUUCACAAAUCACAUUAGGCUGCACUUUUUUGAUACAUAUUUUAAAAAGUUAAUUUUUUAGGGGAAAAAAAACUUUCCAAAGCUCAAGGCAAAAUUCUCUGGUAUUACAUUCUAUCCUUGUCAAAAAUCAGAAUUUUUUGAAUAACAGUAUUUAAAUGGUACCAAAAUAUUUUAAUUAUAAUGUAUUUCUUUAACAAGUGAUCAAAAAACACUGCCCAAACAAUUUGACAUCUGUAUUUCACACUACGUAUGGUGUACCAAUUUUGUAAGAGUUCUAGUUUGUGAUUUUGCUUUACAUUACUUUAUCUUCCUGCAUUUUUGCAUUUCUGUUCUAUAAGUGACCACUUCAGGUAAACUCUGCAAAAAAUCAGUAAAUUACAUACCUUGUGAAGCAUUUCACAUUUUAAAUCAAUCACCCUUUUAAAACUGUUUGCCUCCACAUUGAAUUCAUUUCAAAAUUACAAAAUAGUUAUUUUCAAGUGUAACAGUUUAUCUUAGAUACUACCAUUUUAUACUACCAAUAUUUAAUAUAAGAAAACAGCCUAGUGUUAAAAAAAUCUUGUUUUAUAUAUAUAUAUGUACAGAUAUAUAUAUAUAUAUAUAUAUAUAUAUAUAUAUAUCAGUUUCUCAUUCUUACUGAAAUGUCUAGUAGUUUGAGACAGCAGUAUUGUCCCAAGUAUUAUAAGAUGAAAUUAAAACCAUUUUGUGUCUGGACGUAUAGUGACCUGUAACUAUAUUAUGUAUGUUUUGAACAUUUUCCUGUACUUUAAUAUUUACUGGCUAUUUCUAAUGCCCAAUUGUGAGUUAUCUCCAUAAUAGCCAUAAAAACAAAGAUGAAAAGGCAUCUUCUCUUAGGGGAAUCAAUAUUUUAUGAAUCAGAAAAACACAAAUGUAGUAUAUUUAUAGGGAAUAUUAAGCUUAGAGCUAAAUAAAAUUAUUGAAUGGGAUAUAAGCCAAUAGGAUGAUGCUUUUAUCAUUUACAGAACAUAAUUCUUUGGGACAGAAAAAAAAAAAACUAAAUUAUUUCAUUUGUUCACGUAACCUGGCACUGUGCUUGUUGCUAGAGAUAUAGUGGUGAAUAAAAUAGGCACUGCCAUCAUAAUGUUUACUGUCUGUCUGCCAGAAGAUAGAACAUCAGACAGUAAUUAUAUAAGAUAAAAAUUAUGAUGUGCCAUGAAGAAAAAGUAAAAUGUCUAGAGGGACAGGACACAUAAACUUGAUUUUUAAUUGUGGGAACUAGGAAGUUUUCUCUAAGGUCAUGUCAUUUAUAGCUUUUGCAGUGAGAUAGUUGUCCAAGUAAGAUGAUGGUAAUGGUCAAGGUCUUCAGAAGUAGAGAGAGUCCUGGUGAAGGUUAGCAGGACAGAAUGAUGGUUUGAAAGUGAGAAGUGAGG